GAAUAAGAGAAGAGUCAGGAUUCGAGUUUCAUUGUUAACAACUCUUCUGAUCAUUUUUAUAUUCUGAAGAAAAUAUCACAUGUAGUGUCGAUAUUGUCUUCUACUAGCUAACUAAAACAAGAAGGAUGUCAAUGUUCUAGUUCUACUAUUAUCAAUGAGCAUUACUUCAAUAUAUAAUGUCCAUUAUUAAGUUUAAUAUGAAAUCUUCUGAAUUAUUUUGUAUCAUUCAUAGGUAUUGGUACUGGUGAAUUUAAUAUAAAUGAUGAAUAUUUAAGUAGUGAAUUAGGAAUAAUAAAUAUUCCAUCAUUAUGUAUGAUUAGUCAAGGUCGUGUUUAUCAUUUUGAUUUGGAUUUUACUGAAGCAAAUAUAAAAGAAUUUGUACGAAAAUCAAUACCAAUAAAACGAUUUAUUCAAAUAUUACAAACCUAUGAUGAUAUAUUAACAAUGAUUAAAUCAUAUAAUCAAUCAAAUCGUGUACAUGCUUUAUUAAUAACUAAACAAAAAACACCAACACUUAAAUUUGUUAUACCAUGUUUACAAUAUUUAACAAGAAUACAAUGUGCUUUAUUUAAUUCAUCUUUAAUAAAAUCUAUGACAUUACCUUCAUUUCUUAAACAAAUUUCUAUAAUAUCAGAUAGUAUUUUAUUAUUUAAAGAAGAUAUUAAUAAACCUGAAUUAAUAAUAAAAGAUAAUGAUUUUACUUUUGAUAAUUUACAAAAAUUAUUUGAAUUAAAUCAACUUUUAAAUGUACCUACAAUUACAAGUGCAAAUAUAUUUAAUUUAAUAUGUCAAAUAAAUUCUCCUAAACCUUGUUUUAUAAUAAUUGGUGAUCGAAAUCUAUUUGCUCAAUAUCGAUUAUCUUUCCUACCAUUAUCUAAACAAUUAUUUCAAGAAUAUAAAAUUCAUAUAGCAUAUCUUGAUAUAUCAUCUACACAACAAGUUAAAUUUCAAGAUAUUCUUUCAUCAUAUUAUCAUAUGAAUGAGAAAAAAUUAAUUAUUCUUGUUAUUCGUCAAUCAUUUUCAAAUAUAAUUGAAAUACAAAAUACAAAUAUUGAAUUUGAUGAAAAAUCUUUAAAUGAAAUACAACGUAAUAUGAUACAUAUUGAAGAAAAUUUAAAAUUAUUUAUUAAUAAUCAUUGGCAACAUGCUCAAAAAUAUAAAUUACCAGAAUUAAUUAAAUUUGAUAAACGAAAACAAAAUAUUUUUAUAACAAUAAUCGAUCAAUUUGAAUAUCAAUGGAAUAUUCGGAUUGAACGAAAUCGAUUACUUCGAUAUCUAACGGGAUAUCUUUAUACAUAUCAAUUUUGGAUGUUUACUAUAUUAAUCUUUGUUUAUAUGUAUUAUUCAAGAUCUGAAGUAGAUAAUAGAAAUUCUAAAAUAAAAAAAUCUAAUAAAACUAAUCAAAUAACAAUCUAUGAAUUUAAUGAAUCUCUAUUAGAAAAAUAUAUAAAUCCCGGUGCAUCAAAUGUUAUUAUAUUAGUUCUUAUUGCUGAAACAUCAAAUGAUUCAUAUAUUAAAUAUUUUAUUCGAAAAAUUAAUUCAAUUAAAGAUUCUCAUAUGAUUUUUUCUAUUCUCUAUCGUCAACAAUCAAUUCAAUGGCUUGAUAAACUUUCAAAUAAUAUUCAAGAUAAUCAAAAACAACAAUUAAUACAAUUUUUUCCAUCAACUGUUCUUGCUUUAUAUAUAAGACGAAAAUUUUUUGUUUCAUAUUGGCCAAUAUGUAAUAAUAAUGAACAAUCCGAAAAAAUAUUAACAUUUUCAGAUUGGAUUGAUCUUUUAUUUAAUGGAAAUUUUCGAGAUCCAAUUACUGUAACAGAAUGGCCAAUGAAAUUUUAA